ACCCUUUUCAUAUGUCAAUCUGUAAUUUAGCAAUUGUUUUUCUUUUUUUUUGCUAAUUACAUACCCUCUAAAUUGCUCUAAAUACGUUUGUUUAUCGACUUGGAAUCGCAGUAUACUGUGCUUGGAAUGGUUAUUUUACAGAUAAACAAUGCGUAAAUAUCACCAGCUCUUAUUGGUCGUAAUUUCUUGUAUAAGCAUAAUUGUCUUGCUUACAUACAAAAACGAAAACACACGUUUGAAAGAUGUCCUGAAUGCGGUGAACUUCUUUAGUCGGAAAGAUGCGGCAGAGUUACGAUUAAUAAGUAACUUCACCUGGACGGAUGAGGGCAUAAUUGAUUUUAAUCGCCCGAUUCCGGUCUGGCAGCUAAUUGGGGACUCCUUUCACGCCUAUGCUUCAUUCUGGCAUCGCAACGAACUUGUCUCUUCAGGUGGCGAAGUUUUAUCUCUGGUAACUGCAUCGGUUGGCGCUGUAGUAAAUUUUCGAUGUAGCGCACAUUAUGGAGGACACCUUUCGCAAGGCAAGUUUCGUUUUCAGCACUUGGGUCAAGAAAAAGAAAAUGGCGAUGUUGUAUUCAAAACAUAUAUAUUUUACUGUCGCCUCAAAAAUGAUAUAGGGGCACCCAAAACCAUUGUUUAUGCAGACCAAAAUGAUAAGAUCAAUGCGAAUCAUAUGCUUCGUUUACGUCCUAUUAAAAAUGGUCAAGUAGGCAACGUGCCGCAAACACAACUAGCGAUUUGUCUGGAUUUAGUGACGUUUAAUAUAAGCAGUAACUUCGGAAAAAAUGAUGCGAAUUUGUUGGAAUUUUUUCUACACCACUACGUCCUAGGCAUCAAUCAGUUUAUCGUUUACAAUGGCGAUGACUUAUCAGAAAAUCUUUUGCGGGAACUAAGGAGGCAUAAAGAUUUGCAUGUACAAUCGUUACCAUUUAAUUUUCCUUUUACGAGCAAAAAUAGCACAUCAAAUAUACGAGACAUCAUCAAGACCGAUUGCCUACUGCGUUCCAUACACAGAGCGAAAUUCUCUAUAUUGCUGGAACCAAACGAAUUCUUUUUCCCAAAUGCUAAGAUAAAUGUGGACAAUUCUGUGUUGAAUUCGUUGCAUUCUUAUGGGGCUGACAGUAAUGCAUUUGAGUUACAAACUUACUCGGUUUGUAUUGAUCAGAAGAAUAAAUUGCUUACAAAUAAUAGCUUUUAUGACCCAGAGGUCGCGAAACCACACACCAUUUACAUAUAUAAACCUCGGGUGCCUAUGACAGCAACAACUACGUCGGCAGGACCUAUAAGUACUUCUGCCAAUUUAGCUCCAUCUUUAGCUUUUGCUCACAGAUACAUUGACUGUGUAAAUAUCGGAAAAGACGGCUUGCAUUCAUGGCAUAAUGCAUUGCGUCAAAAUUUCAUGAACAACAUAAAUAAUAUAAGAUUAGAAGUAAUGAAGCUAAUGUACACAUAGUGGUAGACUGAUUAACUUAGUUUUUUUAGUCAAGGGCGAUUUCCCUAAUACAUACAUAUGUAACGCACGGUAUACACGGUAUAUAAAAGUUAACAAAGAAAAACGACGCACCACACCUUGUAAAGCGGGUAUUUGAUUGCAAUAAUUGUAUUGAAUAAAUACUCAAAUAAAUGAAAUCCAAGACUUCUUUUCACACUUA